CCCGGCGCGAAGCAUCUUCUUUCAUCCUCCCUGCUUCCGCAGGGCUGCUCUGGCCGGCUAUGGCUGUGCACGCCCGGGCCGAGGCGGCGGCGCGGGAGCGGAGGCGCUACCGGGAGCUGCAAAGGCAAAGCCGGAUCUUUGAUGCCCGAGUCAGGACUAUCGGGAUUGACAAGGAAGCUCUGGACACCCAAGUAAAAGACAAGAAGAUUCAAGAAGCAGUCCAGAAGGCCCGUGAUGAUUCCAUUGCUGCAGAAAUGAAACAAAAUGAUAAGAUCCUCUGUCUGUUAGACCAACGAAAGGAAAGAGAUGCCCAGAUUCUAAACAAAGCUGUCAACGAAUUUCGUCAAAAUUAUCAGAAGCCAGAAACGGUGCGUGAAUAUGACCUCUUUGACCCACAACACCUGCAGAAGGAUACUGCUGCUCAGCUUGCUGACAAUGAUCCACGCUGUACCAUAUCCAGCUUGCAGAAGUUCAUGGGAGAAGAUUUAAACAGUAAGGAUAGGUGGAAGUUCCAGCAAGAGCAAACCAGAGAAUGGCUUUUGCAGCAAGAAGAAGAAAAGCAGAAAGCCCUUGCAGACAAAAAAUAUGCAGAUGAACUCUAUAAGCAGCAGAGACUGGAGCUUGAUGAAAAGGCUAUGAAUCUCCAAAGAGCAGAUGAGGAAACCAGACGAGCAAUUUGUAUCACUACCACAGAAUUCAAUAAAGCCCUGGCUGCUGAGUCUGAGCGUAAGAGAAGACUCGAAAAACAGCAAGAAGAAGAAGCAAAAGAGAGGGAGAUUAUGAGCCAACUUCAGGGGGAUCUGCUGACUGAAAACCCGCAGCAAGCCGUCAGCUCCUUUGGACCAAAUGGUAUCAUCACGGAUCGAUGGAAAGGAAUGAGCCAAGCUCAGCUGAAAGAAAUCCAGGAUAUUCAACUGCAACAAGUGCUGGAGAAGCUGAGGUUAGAUGAAGAGGAACACCAGAAAAACAUAGAAUGGGACCGAAAGCGGAUUCAGGAGGCCAGAGCCGAAUUGCUCUAUGAGCGUCAUCAGCAACGUCAGAAUCGGGACCUGCGGAGAGCAUUAGAUAAUUUUAACACACAGCUGUCCCAGGAGCAGAAAAAUAAACAAGCAUAUUUGAAUGAAGAAGUAUAUACAAAUUUUCCUUCUGGCCAGUAUUACUCACAGUUUAACACAAUUAGCCGAUGAUGUUGGAGCCGAUAUUCACUCUCAUACAGAUGUGUAGGUUAUAUGUUUAUACAAAUAAUUCUACUUUCUUCACAUAUAUA